AUGUUAAGAUUGGAAGGACGCGGAGACUUCAUAUCUCAAGCCACUUGCCAUGGAACUUAUGGCUGCUCUUUGCCAGCUGAAUUUCAUUGCAAGGAUUGUUUUGGCACCGAGCUAUACUGUCAGUCAUGCACCGUGGAGAGGCACCAUGAGCAUCCAUUGCACAGGAUUAAGCAUUGGAAGGACGUGUUUUUUCACGAUGUCACACUCAAAUCUCUCGGACUGCGAAUUCAACUGGGACACCCCACCCAAGAGCACUGCUACAACCCAGCUGCUUGCCAGGAUUUCGUCAUACUCCAUGUGAAUGGCAUUCAUGAAGUCAUCCUAGAGCCAAAAACCGCAGCAACAUUCAAGCUUCUUCGACAUUUUCACAUUCUCUCAUUUGAAUCUAAGGUCUCCACGUUCGAAUAUUGGCAGACCUUAACGUGUCUUACUCACAAUAGAGGUGUGGAUCGUUAUGACGCUCUACUUCGAAUGAUACGGGAAUGGCGAAACAUUACUUUGCUCAAACACUUUGGACGGGGACACAAUCCUGCAGGUACUGGAGCAACAGAGCAAGGCUCAUGUGCCGUCUUGUGUCCGGCUUGUCCUCAGCCUGGUAAGAAUCUUCCUGAGAACUGGGAGAGUGCCCCAUCAGAAACUCGCUGGUUAUAUGCCUUGUUUCUCGCGAUUGAUGCCAACUUCCAUCUGGCACGCAAGAAUGUUUCUUCGGAUCAAAUGGACCCUGGGCUCAACCGUGGCUGGGCGUACUUCAUGGAGGAACAACAAUACAAGACAUUUCUUACUGAUGUUGGGAGAUGUCCGCAGGAGAAAAGCACAUGCGCAAGCCAUAACGCAGUCAACUUAGCGGAAACGAAAAACUCUCGGGGCCUGGCAGCCACUGGAGCAGGAACCAUUGACUGCUUGCAACACAAUUUCAAACGGCCCUGUGGUGUCAGUGACUUGCAAAAAGGCGAAAAGUACGUGAACAUGGAUUAUCUCUUAUUUUCAACCAUGCAACACAUGGGGGAUAUCGCAGUCCUGAACAUAUCUUAUGACAUCGCUUGUCAAUGGAGUAUGAAUUUGUGGCAGCGCAUGCAUCAAUACCCAUCUACGAUACAUCUCUGCCACCACGAUAACAAGACCAUCACAUUUCUUGUGCCGAAAUUCCAUCUUCCUGCACACAUUGAAAUUUGCCAGAUUACUUACUCUCACAACCUCCUCAAAGGCAUGGGGCGGACAGAUGGAGAGGCACCUGAGCAUGGCUGGGCCAACAUCAAUCCAGUCGCUACAAGCACUCGUGAGAUGGGCCCAGGAUCACGCCACGAUACUCUGGACGACCAUUUCGGUGAUUUUAAUUGGAAGAAGGUCACUAAUAUGGGUGUCAGUCUAUCACGAAAGCUUAAAGCUGCUGUUCCUGAACGCGACCAGCAUGUACGCGAUUUCGAAGACUUCAACAAUGCACUUGAACACAAGAGACCCAAACAGGUGGUGGAAUGGAGGUUGGCAGUGGAACAAUGGGAAUCGGUGUAG